AAACAUACCGCCAUAUGGAAGCCAAAUACCCUCCAGACCAGCUGUAGAAUAGUACUUUGGUGGGUUGUUGGGUUCGCUCAGAUUCGGCGGGUUGUCUUUGUAUGAAUUAAGCCGUGGAGAUAUAGGCCCGCUUGGUGAGUCUAACGGGUCGACGAGAAAUCAAUCCGACCAAAAUGAAUUGACCGGCUUUAGCCCAUUUUUGGUAUUCCAGACACUCUCAUUGGUAUGAGGGCCGUCGGUAUUAACUAUCCCCGUGCUUCCCCUUGGCAGCUGCCAUUUCCCUAUCACAGUAUCUGAAUGGGGGGCGCUAGCAAAGAAGAAGACCUUGACAUGUAAACGGAGGGCCUCGGCAUAGAUUGAUGAUAAAAGGGGCAGCUGUAAUAUCUUCUUGGGGUCGACAGGUUGAUCCUGCAAAGAGCCAACUCUUCCAAGGUUUCUCACUGGCAGUGAUAUGUGGGCCGUUUGGUUAGGAUAUGUUGCCUCCUUACUACCGUUGUCGCUCAUUUGUUAUGGUUACGCCUAAAGAGCCAGUAUAAGCAAAGCAUACCCCGCUGAUCUGGCUUUGUUUUCUGCUUGUCCUCUCACUUUCACUCCCAAUUUUCAGCCAACCAACGGUCCCCAAUCUCGCCUCCUCUCUUGCCACUGCUGCCCUAGAACAAUGGUCCCCGACUCGAGCCUCGCCCGUAAAUGUUCCCAGGCAUUGGUUGCUCUGUUGGGACCAGAAAAAGUCUCCUUCCCAGGGAGCGAGUCCUAUAAUUCGGUGUUAUCAUCAUAUUUUACCCCGCAGGUAGUAACCAAACAGCCUCUAUGCGUCGUCUUGCCAACAACUACUGAAGAGCUAUCGGGGGUCGUGAAAUCGCUGACGGCCAGCUCGUGUGACUUCGCCAUUCGAUCUGGCGGCCAUGCAACUAUACCUGAUGCGUCAAAUGCGUCGGGAGGCGUGACGAUAGAUCUACGGGGCUUUAACUUGAUGGAGCUCAAUGAAGACAACUCGGUGCUCACUGCAGGUGUAGGUGUAACGUGGGAUGCAGUCUACUCUAAGCUUGACCCCUUGAGCCUUAGUGUCGCUGGUGGCCGCGUUGGUGGUGUGGGAGUGCCAGGCUUGACCUUAGGUGGCGGUAUUUCUUACUUCGGACCACGAUACGGAUGGACCUGCAACAGCGCCUUGAGCUUCGAAGUUGUCCUCGCCGACGGCUCGAUCGCGAUAGUCGACGAGGCUCUUGACCCUGAAUUCUUCCACGGACUAAGAGGCGGAAUGAACAAUUUUGGUAUUGUUACGCAAAUUAAGUACAAAACAUUUCAACAGGGGCUUCUGUGGGCUGGCUCUGUCUACAGUCCAUUAUCUAGCCUGGAUGAGGAGGUUAAAGUGUUCAGUGAGCUCACUAAAGCAGAAAACUACGACGACUUCGCCUCUUUUAUCUUCGGUUUCGGAUACUCCAAAGAACGUAACUUAUCGGUGAUUAUUCAUGAACUCGUCUAUACGAAGCCAGUCGAGAAUCCCGAGUACUAUCAGGGUUUUCUCGUUCUGCCAUCUAUCUACAAUAACUCUUCUAUCACUAGUACAAGCUCACUCGCCCAGGUAAAUGCGAAACAACUACCAAUUGGAAAAGCUCGAUAUGCAUUUUCCACGACGACAUUCGUUCCCACGGAGGCAAUGACACAUGCAGUGUUCAAUGCAUGGAAGAGUAGCUUAGAGGUCGUUGGAGAUAUCAAGGGACUUAGCUGGUCUAUUUCAAUGGAACCCCUCCCGCCAAGCACGUAUGGGCGUGGUGCGACAGCAAACUCGAUGGGACUCGCAGAUCGCAAAAAGACCCUUAUUGUCUGCCUGCUGACGCUAACCUGGGCGGACAAAGCUGAUGAUGACCGCAUUCAGGACGCGCAAGCAUCCCUCAUUGGGUCAAUUGAGGAGGCUGCGCACAAGCUCGGGACUUACGAUCCUUUUAAGUACAUCAACUACGCGGCGCAGUGGCAGGAUCCCAUCGCGGGAUACGGGAAGGCAAGCGUGCAGAAACUUCAAAAGCUGCGGGCAAGGGUUGAUCCUGAUGGAGUCUUCACACAUCGUGUUACUGGAGGCUUCAAAAUCCCGGAGUAAGCUGCAGUUAGAUGAACUCGUGUGCAGGUGCCGCGGGG